AUGGCUAACUCCAAUGCCACCAGCGUGGAGACUGCUUCGUACAAGGAGCCUAGCUUUCGGAAAUUGAAAGAAAAUCUCCGGGUAAGUCUUGAUGGUAUCAAGAAAAGUAGUGCAGUUUUUCACAAUGGAAGUAUCCCCGACGCUGUCAAUCCAGGAAUUUUUAUUGAAGGCCAUGGCAUAAUUGGGUUUCCGUUGACCGAGUAUGACUUUGCUAGGAUCAUUGCAGCAAGCGGCUCAAGGUCUGGCGAAUCUGAUGUUGAUACACUUCCCUCACCUCACAUACAUAGUGUUCCGGGUAUCCAAAUAUCUACAAGAAAUCCGGAUUGGGAAUCGGUAGUUGAAUCUGUACUUGAGCAGGUUAAAGUCGAGAUCGGCUUGGGGAACAAGAGUGCUAGUUCAGAACUGAGUGCUCUCAUGUAUUAUGAGCCUGGGAGUACUAUGGAAAUAUUUGACACUUCAGAAUUAACCGAGUCCGAUUUUGGGGUAUUAGACAUCAUAUUACCAUCCGCACGAGAAGGUGAAGAAUUUAUCGUGCAAUAUGGUGGCAAGAAGAGCCGAAUACAGGGUGAUGGUUCAGAAUGGGACCCCUCCUUUCUUGCUUGGUUUACUGAUGUUCCAGUUAGCAGCACGCCAUUAUCUUCAGGUCACCGUCUUAUUGUUAGAUAUAAGCUUCGACAUACAGCACCCGGCGAGACUAGUUCUGCUGCAGCUCUAAAAACGUCAUUGUUGGAUUUACAAAGUAUACUCAAAAUCUGGAACAAAAAUCAACAGCUAAUUUCCGGAAAUGUGUUGGGGUACGUGCUGUCCGAGAAUCGAUUCUCAAGAACGUCGUCCAUCAAUACUCUUUCUGAGCAAGAUCGCCAUAUUUUCAAUCAGCUUAAAGAGGUCUGCGAAGAUAACAAGUUUGAUGUCUACCUUUCGAGAUUAGAUAAACUAGUUAAAGGUCAAGCUUACUCGGAGCCCGGAUCCCCCAUCCAAAGAUUUGAACACUGUGACUGCAGUGACGACUCUUGUGACGAGGGAGGCUUGGAACAUGACAGAGGUCAAGUUGUAAGGGAAGUUAUUCGGGAGGAAACUCUGGAGCUCACAGGAGGAAUUGACCUCGAGGAUGAGGUGCUACAUGAAGCUGGUCCUUCUUUCUCCAAGGACAAUCUUGUGAACGGUGACGAUUUUGAUAGCGCCUUGACGUAUGAAGAAUUGGAGGAGAAUGAUGAUGAGCAUUCUGAAAGACGUUCCUGCUUCACGUACACGAUCAAAGCCUCUACCGCUGACCGGGAAGUUCUGGCAAAGGCGUUCAGAUUAAUCCUUCCAGAAAGCGACCCUUGGAGCGAGACCUCGACGGGACUUUUGCGAGAGGUGUUUUCCCGAGUUCUUAUCUCGACAGUAGAUCUGGAUGAAAAGUGUCUAUUCCAUCGCGCAUUGCCCCUCUACUUCUCCAGUCCUGAAUAUCACCCGUUGUUGGCCGUCAUGAAAGAGAGGCAUGGAUCUCAUUGGCUCUUAGCCGGGGCAGAAUCACAUAUUUCGCAAAUCGAUGUUUUUCAUCUUCGUUGUAAAGUGAUUGAGAAUCUAUCACCAUAUGAAGAGACAUUAGAUUGGUCCUCCGAUCAGUACGAAGUAGCAUUAUCAUCGUCGAGAUCCCUAGGUGUACGUGAUGCCGCAUCUCUAACCAGACUAGCAAAAGGAUGGUCUGAGAAACAACUCAUCAAGCUUUUCCUGCCGGCAAUCAAGAAAAAUUUGCAUGUUCAAAGAAUGCUCUGUGCUAUCUUGACGCAUGUAUCAAGCAGCCUCUCAUUAAGCAAAUACACACCACAGCCACUUGAUCUCGUUUUCCAAGAAUUACUAUCAGCCAAUUUUAAUAGGCUCGUGGGGCUGGAUCUGAAUGACUGGCCUGAUGAUUUCCCACUUGUAGAAGGCGAGAAUGGUUAUGAUGCCAGCUAUAUAUCAAACAAAGGUCCCACCCAGCCCAGAGGAGAGCCCUAUGAGACCCCACCACAAGGUGUCGCGAAGGUAUCUGAUGAUGAUUUUCAAGAAAUCCAAAAGGUUAUUGCUUAUGUCAUCUCAAAGACCAACCGGAAACCCACCACCUCGAAUUCCGCACAUAACCUGCAGACCGAGGUCGUGGCUUCAUUCGACGGCAAAAAUGUCGGUGGCGCUGGUGUUGACAAGAAGAGAGGGUUCACUUCUAAUGACACUCCUAGCAAAGAUGAUGCUGUGGCUGAUGAUGCACAAAUUAAGCGAUUCCCAGCCCAGAAUCAGUGGCAUCAACCUGGCAGGUUUUGA